AUGCACGAGGAACACCCAACAGAAGACGCUGUCACGGAGCACGUCGAGCGCACCCAGGCUCAACAACCACAAGCAGAUGGGUGUGGUGCUCCUGCUCAGAGCGAAGACGCAGGCUCCACAGCAAGCGCAAGCACAGCAAGCAACAGCCCAAAGCGCGGCACGUUUGUUGCCUAUGGCGAGUGGGGGAAAACCAGAUGCACGUACCACCGGGCCAUUUCAAAAACACACACGCUCACCUUCGACAAGGCCAACGAUGACGAUGCUGCCUAUGCUGCCUCCGACUACUGUGUGCGGCGGCCACCUGUCUUGGCACGCAUUGUGCAGAGCGACCCCGGCAACGUCACCUGCACCCUGCAGACGUCCCCAGCCUUGCUGACGGUGACAGGUGUCACGCGCGAGCAGGCGGCUGCGUUGGCAGAAGAGUACACCAGCGAGCUCAUGGAGGCGUACUGCGAUAACGUGGCUUUAGGUCGAGGCUCCCUUGACUUCAACUUCUACAUGCACCGCUUCUUUGAUGACGAGGAGGAGCACGUUGGCGAGCUCGAUGCACACGAACACUCGGCUUCUUCACGCACCAGCGACAAGGACAUCAACUCCAGCACCUGCAGUGAGCACAGCACCGCAAGCGACAGCGACAAUGGCAGCAGUGGCAGCGUGGUGAGCAGUGGCGACGAGGUGAGCGAUGCAGACAGCGGUGUUCACGGCUCAGCCCACGCACCCAGCAAGAGCAGCGCCAAGCACGCUGAGCACGCCGAACACGUUGAGCACGCGACACAAGCAGCUGCUCGAGCAGUCGAGACGCAGGUCAUCCCUGUCGACAUUGCGGGGAUGCAGGGUGAGCUGAAGCUGAAGGACGACGACGAGAACUUUGCACUCGUCGCUGCUGCCAUCCACCGCGGCCUGGAACGACUGCAGUUCACGAAGGACACGGCGUUUGCGGCUGUGGGCCCGAAGAUGCCGCUCAAGCCGUCCGCAGACGCCCCAGCUUUGCUUCAGCAGGCCAUGUGCGCACAGCUGCUGCGCUUGAGACAAGAGGUGGGGGAAGGGAGUGAGGAUGUCAGACACGAGGGCGGCAACGAAGAGCAGCAGCAACAGCACCACCACCAGCAGCAGCAACAGCAGCAGCAACAGCAACAGCAGCAGCAGCAGCAGCAGCAGUUUGGGCUGAAGAAGGAAGACGACAAGGAAGACGAGGAAGACGAGGCAGCGUGCUACAAGAGCGCAGCGCGUGUGUUCAUCAUUGCGUCCACCGACUCAGCUGCGCUAGAGGCUGCGCGUGAGGCUCUCGACCACGCCCUUGCAAACUUCCGCCUUGAUGUGCCAGCGCAUGCCGACCUUGCCGGUUCUUGGGACCAGAUGCUACACAACUUCACGCAUCACGCCGAUACGCGGCAGAGUAUUCUGGAUACUCGGGGCAUCAGAUUUUACCGCACACGUGCUGUUCCACCCGAACUGCGGCCUGCACUUGAUAACAUUGAGAUGGAAUGGAAGUCUGUGGCCAGCCUCCCAAACAUCAAGAUGCUCGAACUCAGACGCUCGCCGCGAAACACAGCAGAGCUGUUUGAGAAGGUGAAGGCGACGGGCGACGAGGAGCUGGUGCGCCGCUUCAAGGAGGUGACGGUCCUGUACGACCACACGGGCCUGAGCCCCGAGGAGGCAAAGCGGCACCGAUACCGGCAGCGACUCGCGUCUGCAUUUCUUUAUGCAGCCACGUUCGGGCAUGGCUGGGACUGCGAAGCGUGCAAGCAGUGCGAGAUGAGCUGGUGGUGCCUGUAUGACAAUCCCGGCAGCUGCGAAGGCGUCGACAUCUAUGACCCCGACUACUCGGACGGGCUUGACUGA